CGUCGCCCGGGCGGGACAUCAUGUCGCAGGAAUAGUGAGCUCUUGCCUUUUUUACUAUGGAGGACUCGGGAUAGAUUUUGGAUCAGAAGAGGAAGAAACAAACUAUUGGAGAGACCUGGCCAUGACCUACAAGCAGAGGGCCGACAAUACACAGGAGGAGCUCCGAGAAUUCCAGGAAGGAAGCCGGGAAUAUGAAGCUGAAUUGGAGACUCAGCUGCAGCAAACUGAGACCAGGAACUGGGACCUCCUGUCAGAAAAUAACCGCCUUCGAAUGGAGUUGGAGACUGUGAGGGAGAAGUUUGAAAUGCAACAUUCAGAAGGCUACCGGCAGAUCUCAGCCUUGGAGGAUGAUCUGAAUCAGAUGAAAGCCAUUAAAGAUCAAUUGCAGAAAUAUAUCCAGGAUUUGGAACAAUCCAAUGAUGACUUGGAGAGAGCCAAACGAGCAACAAUCAUGUUUCUGGAAGACUUUGAGCAGCGCUUGAAUCAAGCAAUCAAAAGAAAUGCCUUCCUGGAGAGUGAGCUGGACGAGAAGGAAAAUCUAGAAUCCGUGCAGAGGUUGAAGGAUGAAGCAAGAGAUCUGAGGCAGGAAUUCGAUGUUCAGCAGAAGCAAGACAAGCUCUGGACCUCCUUGCCAGGCUCUGGGGAAGCUGAGAGGACAGACAUGGCUGUGCAGGCUCCAGGCUCUAUGCCAUCCAGUCCCAUAGCUCACCGAGGACCCAGCUCUGGUUUAAACACACCGGGAAUAUUCAGAUGUGGUCUGGACAGCUCCAAUAGUGGGAUCCCACUCACACCUGUAGCCCGAAUAUAA